CCGCCCGCGCCGCAUGGCCGACUGGGCCCCCGCUCAGGAGCUGGAGAGCAUGAUGGAGUCGCAGGAGCUGGGCCUGGAGCAGCCGCUGGCCGCCCCCGAGCAGGGCCCCGGCGGCGAGGCCGAGCUGCCCGCCGCGGAGAUCUCCCUGACGCUCGUCACCGAGAUCCAGGCCGUGGACAGGAAGGUGGACACGCAGGCGGCCCAGCUGAUGAACCUGGAGGGCAGGAUGAGGAUGGCCGAGACCAAGCUGAUCGGCUGCGAGAAGACGGCGGUGGAGUUCGGGAACCAGCUGGAGAGCAAGUGGACGGCGCUGGGUACCCUCAUCCAGGAGUACGGGCAGCUGCAGAAGCGCCUGGAGAACAUGGAGAACCUGCUCAAGAACAGGAACUUCUGGAUCCUGCGGCUGCCCCCGGGGGCGAAAGGGGAAGUCCCCAAGGUCCCUGUGGCCUUCAACGACGCUUCGUUCAGCUUCUCGGAGGAGGAGUGGAAGAGCCUGAACGAGUGGCAGAAGGAGCUGUACAGGCACAUCAUGAAAGGCAACUACGAGGCCGUCAUCUCCAUGGACGCUGCCAUUUCCAAGCCCGACAUGCUGUCCCGGAUCGAGCAGGGAGAGGAUCCCAACGCUGAGGAGCAGGAGGACUCCGAGGCAGGGGAGACCCCCACAGACCCCAGCAACGAGUUUUUCUUCCCUGGGCCUGACGAGAGCUCGUGGGGUAAAUACGAGGAGACUCUGGCUGAGAGCCACGAGGGCUCUGAGGAAGAGGAGAGCGUGGAUGUCCCUGGUACAUACGAACAGCCCUGCGACGAGGAGGGUCCCGAGAGCCUGGAGCUUCCCAGGGCGUUGGCAGGGAAGUGGGAAGAGGUUUUUUCCGCCCCGGAGGAGGAAAUGCAGUCGAGCAGCAAGAGCCAGAGCGGGUCGGACCCGCAGCAGCGAACGGCAGCGGGCAACGGGCUGAGACGCUCCGUGCGCCGCAGGAGGGACUUGGCCAAGAAGGAUCCCCCCGAGGGAGGAGCCGCGGAAAAGGGGCCCUACAUCUGCUGCGAGUGCGGGGAGAGCUUCCUGGACAAGCAGCUCUUUGCCACCCACCAGAAGGCGCACGCCAGGGAGGAGGCCUGCACUUCCCUGGAGCGCGGCGAGGGCCUCUGGCAGAAAUCCAAGCCCAAGGGCCAGGGCUCCUCCCGCUCCAAACCGUCCAAGCGCCCCGACGGCGACAAGGGCUCCGGCAUCAAGUACGGCCUCGUCAGGCACCAGGUGAACAACAUGGUGGAGAGGCCUUACACCUGCUCCCAGUGCAAGGAGAGCUUCAGCCUGGAGGUGAGUCUUAUCCUGCACCAGAAGCUGCACACGGGGAAGGGCGACGGGCCGCUGACGUGCACCUACUGCGGGAAGGACUUCCGAGACCUCUCCAAAGCCAUCCGCCACCAGCGCAUCCACACCGGGGAGAGGCCCUACCAGUGCACGGAGUGCGGGAAGAGCUUCAUCCGCCGGGAUCACCUGCUCAAGCACUGGCGGGUGCACACCGGGGAGACCCCCUACCAGUGCCCCGUCUGCGGGAAGCACUUCCGCUACAAAGAGUCCCUGAAUUGCCACCAGAAAAUCCACUCCCGCAACCCGCGGCCCACGGAGGAUUCGCAGCUGGGCCUGGAGUCGGCGGGGACCCAAACCAAGCAUUUCUGCGUGAAAAAAGAGACUACGCAGUAGCCGAGGUGGGGCCGGGGCAGGAGGGCUCGCGGUGACCGUGACGGUGCAGCAUGAUGGCAGGUGACUUGUAUCGCAGCUAAUCCACGUGGUCAUGCUACAAAAGCUUUGGUGAAGCAUCCAAGGAAUUCCUCUUACAAACUCUGACCGGCCGGCCCAGGCACCUCUGCGGCCCCGCGGGGUCCCGCGGCUCUCCCGCCGCGGCGGCGGCCCCUGCGCAGGGUUGGAUUUUGCCUGUAGAGAAUAAUCCCGAGCGAUUCUCCGGGGCCCGUUAUUUAGCAGGUGUUCCCCCACCUAUCUUUGUGCAUAUUCAGGAGUGACAAGCUUUCGCUUUCUUUUUUCCACUCGUUUCACUGCAAGGCUGGAAGCGCGAGGAGGGAGGAGGGAAGGAAGGUGCCAUUCCCAGGCGGCUGGUCGCCCGCUCCCGCCGUGCUGCCACGUCCCAGGAGGCUGCCAGGCCAGGAUUGGGAUGAAGGGAGGAGAGGCGAGGCGGAGAGGUGGGUUAGGGCACGACACAGGGCUUGUUUAAGGCGGGAGAGCGGAGAGGAGAGCGCGGCAAAGAGCGAGGUGAGAGAAAAGCAGGUGCGGGAGAAGGG